AUGUCGAAUCCUCCUCGUAUAUCGCGACCGUUGGCAAAUAGGCCUUGUUUGUAUAUCGAUUGCGCUUACCAUUCAACUGACCUCCCAAGGCCAAGAUCACUUUCACACGCCAAAGUGAGGCCGUUGAACAACCGAGAGAAGAAGCAAAACGAUGGCUCGGUGAUCGAGUUUCCUGGAAAUGGACAAGUCCUCCUGACCGGGUUGAACGACAUCCCUGGUGUCAAGGGGUCGAAGACGAAGCAGUUUUCCUACAACGUCGUCUUCGAACCUGCUGCGACCCAGGAGGACGUUCUCCAGUACUCUGGGAUCACGAGGCUCAUCGAAAUGGCCGUCGACGGAUUCAGCGCCACUGCGUUCUGCUACGGGCAGACUGGAAGCGGGAAAACUCACACGCUCACCGGACCUCCUUUUCUAUUCAACGGUAAAAAGAUGAACUUCUACUCCGCUGACCACGGACUGAUAUUAAGGUCGUUCAUGUACCUCUUCAAAGUGAUCCAGGAGAAGAGCAACGUCCAUUUCAUACUAAAAGCUUCCUUUUUAGAAAUUUACAACGAAAAGGUCAUGGACCUGCUCAACCCAGGCACCGCUCGAAAACCCCUUGCUGUAAGAUGGUCUAAGAAAUCGCAAAGGUUUUUCGUCGAGAAUCUUUUCACAGUCGACUGCGAAGAGCUCGAUGAUCUGUUAGCAGUUUUAGAAGAAGGGAUGAAAAACAGAGCUGUAGGUUCACAUACUAUGAAUGAACAUUCGAGUCGAAGCCAUACUAUCCUUACAGUUUAUAUAACUUGUGAACAGCAAAUGGAAAACGGAGUUUUUAUAACGAAACAAGGCAAAAUCAAUUUUGUGGAUUUGGCCGGGAGCGAGAUGACCAAAAAAACCCACAGCGAAGGGAAAACACUGGAAGAAGCUAAUAACAUUAACAAGAGUCUUAUGGUCUUAGGCUACUGCAUUGCUUCCCUCAGUGACAGCAAGAAGAAAAACGGCCACAUUCCAUACAGGGAUAGCAAGCUGACAAAACUCCUUGCUGACAGUCUUGCAGGAAAUGGUGUGACGUUAAUGAUUGCUUGUAUUUCACCUGCAAGAUCGAAUGUUACUGAAACCCUAAAUACACUUCGUUAUGCAUCCAGAGCGAAGAAGAUCAGAAACAAACCGAUAAUCGUUAUGGAUCCGAGAGAAGCAUUGAUUGUUAGCUUGAAAAGAGAAGUGACAGCUUUACAAAAUGAAAACGAUCAUUUGAGAUCUGCGUUAAGAUUGAGCGCUGAAUCGAUCGUCAACGAUCCUACACUUUCUUCAAGCAGACUGAACCUUUCAACUCCACCAAAGAUCGACUUGGAACGUAUUGCUGAUAUGGAAGGGUCAGAACUGGCAGACCUCGUCAAGCACUACUCGAAUGAAAACGACGCCCUUAGAAAGGAGAAUGCUGAGCUUUUCGCCAUCAGGGACCUACUCAUCAGGGAUCAAGAACUCGUAUGCAGAGAAAACGAAAGACUGCUUAAGAAACUUGAGGACGUCAAUUCAGUGUGCAUCAGGUCUCCCAUCAUCCCAGCAAGGCCGACUUUGUCAGCAGAAAUGCUCAACAACUCAAACAGUGACUUGGAAAGCAGUAACAUAUGGAUGAAUCCAUUUGGAUCGAGUACAGGAUCCCUGCAUAAUCUAAAUAUGAGCCGACCAAAGAAUGAUAACGAAAGGAUCGUUGACAACAGGAGUCGGCUUUUAGACUCGUUUCAAAAAGAAUUAGACAAGCGUCAAAUCGGGAAGAGGAAUAAGCACACACUCAACCGAGGGGACACACUUCCGCCGAUACAACAUUCAGUGUCGCCUGUCCAGGACGGUUACGGAUUGGACAGAAACCAACCGAAGCCUAAGCUAAGGAGGGGUAGGUCCGCUGAAAGUGUUUCCAAGCAAACGAAGAAUGAAGAUGUGCGCCCUUUAGUGAAAGAAGCUUUCCUUCCAAAAAUAGAAAACGUUAAUGAUCUCUUUGGUUCAUCUCUCACGACAAAUGUACAUCAGGAACCAUAUCACGAUCUGCCGCACUCAAACAUGUUUGGGAGCAUAGUUGCAGCGGAAGAAACUGAAAAGAAGGCUUGAAUUUUUUCCUGGCAUGGCUGUGAAAAACCUAACU